GGAGAGGAAGUUGGAUGCCGGGUGCCGGGAAUUUGGUAACGUUAAAUGCGGGAAAAGGGCCUCGCUUUCUCCGACCAGAGUGACCCACUGGACUCGAGGGAGAGAAAUACCUCUGACUGUUGGAUGGCAGGAGGUAAUUUUUCCAACAGAGGCACAGGUACUUUAGAACCCGGGCAGAUGCUGUUACGUGCUGAGGUGACAAUUGGACUGGUAGAUGCAGAACCUAUCUCCAACAAUACUAGCAUGAAGAAAAGAAGAGGUUCUCUUUCUGAGAAGGAUGGCUGUGAGCACAGCUUCAGAAGUCCUGGGAAGCAAGUUAAGAUGGUUGGCGGUGCAGAAGGGCAGCACAGCCAGUCUCCCCAAAGGAUGGACGAGGAAGAAAUGGCUUCUGAGUCCUUGGGAACCACUCCUCUCUCUCGACCUCUUUCUGGGGCAGUCCUGAGUCCUAAGAAACGAAAGUUGGUUUUGCAUAUUGACUUGAACAACACCAUCCUGGUCUCCGAUUCAGUUACCAAGCAGGGCCCCAGUGCUGCCUUAAACUAUUACCUGAGUACUGUGACCUGGGGAAAACUUAGCCAUAGAGGUGAGUGGCAGUGGGUCAGUGAGUCCCCCUCUUUGCAUCCUCCCUGCCAAGGCGCUGUGAGUUUCUAUUCCCAGUAUGGCCGCAACACCAGAUUCACGGAGACACCCUUGGGGAGGCAGUUCCGGGACCUUCACAGGCACCACUUGAAGCUGCUAGAAUGGGAGGGUCAGCCUCACCCUUGGCUCUCCAUCAAAGGUGAGCAGGCCAGGCACUACCACUUAGUGCUGCCUUCCUUCUUCUACCUCCUGGAGAGCUUGCAUCGAGAAGGGAGGGAGUUUGCAGUCAUCUUCCGAACCUUUGGCACAGACCUGCCUCGUGUCCUGCAGGCGGUGAACUGCGCCCUGGAGAGGCAGCACCCCAGCUUCCCCGCCCUGGGAGGAAUCUCGUUGCCUGUAGACCUCAGAUCUGGAAGGAUACGUUGCAGCAAGAAAAAGGUGGUGUUGACCCAUGGGGCUGAGCAGCUCUCCAGCGAUGAUGGGUGCAGGAAAAUGUAUGCCUACUUCAGCUCCAGGGAAGGCCUCUGUGGUUUCCAGGAUCACUUUGAAUGGUGGGCCAAGAAUAAUUAUUCCAGCCAAGGUGGAAAGCCCGUUUGGAUUGAUCCUCAGGACCCGGGAGUCCAGCAUAUCUGUAUAGAUGACAAUAUUCGGCUGACUGAUUCCGACACCAUUGUCCAUCCUCAGGUCUUCUUAGGGCAAGGAAGUGACUGUCCCCGGACAACUCCUACUUCGGAGCUCUAUGACAUCUGCCUGGUUCAAACAGACCUCCUGGAGGCUAUUGCUGAUGUGAGCUAUUUCUGCCACUGCGUAAGACGCUGUGAAGAGAACUAUGAGAACUACUUGUCCAGAGUUGGGGCCUGCACCUAGUGGGGCUGGUGAGUGGUCCCAAGGCCCUUUGUGCUACUUGCCAAGGGAGAACUCCCAGCGGCUGUUGCUUGUAUGCAUCCCAAUGCAGUCAGUAUUCUUGUUUUAACUUCCUGGUGAGGAAGCUCCCUGAAGACAGUGGGCCCUCCAAGCAAGGAAGCAUGCUGCCCAUUUCCUCGGUUGCUGCCUGAAUCAGAGCAUCUAAGCAGAGGCGGUGGCCUUUUAUUUAUAAUAUUUAUUUAGCACUUAGUGGGGGGAUUUUCUUGCCCUACAGAUGAGUGAUCUCCAAGAAGCGCAUAACCAACUUGCAGACUGCACUGGGCUCAGCCGUAAUGCAGAGGAGAAAUGACUAUUCUGUUACCAGCCUUUCUUUGCAAACAUUAAAAUCAUUUCCAACUGUUCUUGUUGGUGCCCUGUCUCUGAUGGCUUCUAACCCUGAAACAUACAGCCUGUGCUAAGUAAGCCCUUGUGGGAUAGGCUGUGAAGAUUUAACAUUUGCUUCUAGGGCAGCCAAACACAGUUCAAU